UCUCCGCCAGUUUUCUUCUUUCUCUUGUCGUCUGGUUUUUUUUUUUUUUCUCUCUCUUCUGGCUAAUAUUAAGAUUCCAACAUUGUUCUAUAAAAAAAUAUAUAUUUCUUGUCAGAUUUUGAAUGGAUGAUAAGUGACCAUAUUCAUAUUCUAAUCAUCUUGGAGAGCUGGAGUCUUUAUUUAUUUUGUUCAUUUAAUAAAUUGAUAUAUGUGAUAGUGAUGUAGCAAGCACUGGCAGACAUGAUUCCAUCCAUUUUCUUUUUAAGGGUCUUUAGACUGCAUACUCUUUUUCUCACACAAAAAAAAUGGAAAUCUCAGGGAGCUCCAUGGUUGUGGCCAUUCUUUGUGUGGGUUUAAUUACACUGGGGUGGAAAGUGGUCAACUGGGUUUGGUUGAAGCCAAAGAAGCUAGAAAGGUACCUGAGGCAGCAAGGUCUUUCUGGUAAUUCCUACAGGCCCUUGAUUGGGGACUUGACUGACAACUUCAAGAUGACCAAAGAGGCACUCUCAAAACCCAUGGAGUUCUCUCAUGACAUUGUGCCUCAUGUGUUCCCUUUGCUCCAAGAAACCUUCAACAAAUAUGGGAAAAAGUCUUUCAUUUGGCUAGGCCCAGUUCCUACUGUGGUCAUCUUUGACGCGGAAUUAAUGAGAGAAACUUUAACCAAGUAUAGGGUGUUUGAGAAGCCACAUUCAAACCCACUCCUCUCAUUGCUUGCGACUGGCUUGAUCAGCUACGAAGGUGACAAAUGGGUCAAGCAUAGAAGGAUCAUCAACCCAGCUUUCCACAUAGACAAGAUGAAGGACAUGUUACCUGCAUUUCAAGUCGCUUGUGAAAACAUGUUGAGCAAAUGGGAGACGCAUUUCUCAUCAAAGGAGACAUGUGAGUUGGAUGUGUGGCCAUAUCUUUGCACUUUUUCCGCCGAUGCGAUUUCCCGGGCAGCAUUCGGUAGUAACUUUGAAGAAGGAGAAGGGUUCUUCAAGCUCCAAAAGGAACUAGGUGCUCUGACACGCGAAGUUCUGUACUCGGUCUGCAUACCACUGUUGAGGUUUCUGCCAACUAAAAGGAACAGGAGCAUGAAACAGAUCCCUAAUGAAAUGGCUAUUUGUCUGAGGAGAAUUAUCAACAAAAGAGAGAAGGCAAUGAGGGCAGGAGAAGCCACAGAAGAUGAUUUGUUGGGUAUACUUCUGAAAUCCAAUUUCAGUGAAAUUCAAGAGCAUGGAGAUGACAAGGACGUCGGAAUGAGCAUUGAAGAAGUGAUUGAAGAAUGCAGAGUGUUCUACUUAGCUGGAGAAGACACAACCAAAGAUUUGAUUAACUGGACACUGGUUCUGUUGGGCAAGCAUCAAGACUGGCAAAGGCGUGCAAGAGAAGAGGUUGUGCAAAUUUUUAAGAACAAACCAGACUAUGCUGGCUUAAACCGCUUAAAAAUUGUGAACAUGAUUCUGUAUGAGGUUCUUAGGUUGUACCCACCAGUCAUUUUCACAAUCCGAGAGAUUACUAAGGAGACCAAACUGGGAGACAUUUCUCUACCACCAGGUGUGCAGCUUUUCGUGCCAAUUCUCUUUGUCCAUCAUGACAAAGAAAUCUGGGGCGAUGACGUCCACGAAUUCAAGCCUGAGAGGUUCUCAGAAGGCGUCUCCAAGGCAUCAAAGAAUGAAGUAGCACCGUUCUUCUCAUUUAGCACAGGCCCUAGGACAUGCAUUGGACAGAACUUCGCGCUCAUGGAAGCGAAAACAGUUAUAACCAUGAUUUUACAGCGGUUUACAUUUGAGCUUUCUCCAGCCUACAGACAUUCUCCUUUCAAUAUGCUCACUCUUGAGCCUCAGUAUGGUACUCAAAUCAUUUUUCAUAAAAUCUAGAAUCAGAAUUCAACUUUCUGAUUUGUAAGAAUUCUGUCUGUUCAUCCCUAUAAAUAACAGACUAAAAACUAAUGUGAGCGGAGUGGGGGUGUUUCAGUACUUCAAUAAGAACCUGAAUAUGUGUUAUGUAUAGUAUAAGUAGGGCUUUCAAAGGAAACUUGAAAUUUGAAUACAGAUAGAAUAUCCUAUGUGUCAGAUUCCGAUUGAAAUUGAAAA